GGAGGGGCGGGCUGCUGAUUUAGGAGGGGGAGCUUUACAAGCCUCUACUUUCCAGCUGAAGUCUCCGGGGAGUAUCAAACUACCACGUCUGCAGCGGGGAGAGAGGGGAAGAGGAGAGGGGAUCAAAAUAAGCCGACUGGAGGACAGAGGAGAGAGGACAGCGAGGAGUUAAGACCGCUUCAUGAAAACAAAGUCGGCUGCAACAUCUGGAGCGAAGCGCAAAGCUGAAUCUGGACAUAAACUAGCGCGCAGCUCACCAACCCCCCUCCUGCAGACUUCCUGCUUCCAGCAACGUCUGAUCAUUUAGGUGAAACUAACCAAAACGCGAGAAGAAUGCACAGACUGGACAAAUACCUCUCGUGGUUUAGGUAACUCAAGUAAUAAGUUGCAGAAGGAGGCGCAUCUCGUCUGGAAACUCUUUCUGUGCCAGGUCGAUCUCGGCUGCAGCGCGUUUUUUUUUUCGUUUGUGGGAUACAUUGUUUUACAGACAAUGUUUUGACAAUAAGCAAAGUGAAGAUUGCGCGAAGUGUUACAGGAAGAGCUGUCCUUUUUUAGUGUUUUUUUUGUUUUUUUGGAGAGUGAAGGCUAGUGAUGAUGGCACCGGAGCUGAAGUCAGUUGUCCGACUGCUGCUGCUGGCCGCCGUGUGGGAGCUGAGCGCACAGGGAGCCGCGGAGCGACUCAUCAACCCAGAGUCAUGGCUGCAGCAGUAUGGUUACCUGCCCCCGGGGGACAUGAGGACCCACGCCCUCCGCUCCCCUCAGUCCGUCCCGUCGGCCAUCGCCGCCAUGCAGCGGUUCUACGGCCUCACCAUCACCGGCACCUUUGACGCCAACACCGUUGAGGCCAUGAAGCGACCGCGUUGUGGCGUGCCAGAUAAGUUUGGCGCCGAGCUGAAGACCAACCUGAGGAGGAAGCGCUACGCCAUCCAGGGCCUGAAGUGGAACAAGAACGAAAUCACUUUCUCUAUACAGAACUACACCCCUAAAGUGGGUGAGUAUGAGACCCACGAGGCCAUCAGGAAGGCCUUCAAGGUGUGGGAGAGCGUCACGCCGCUUCGUUUCAGGGAAAUCCCCUACAGCUACAUACGGGACAAGGUGGAGGAGUUUGCAGACAUUAUGCUCUUCUUCGCUGAGGGUUUCCAUGGAGACAGCAGCCCAUUUGAUGGCGAGGGAGGCUUCCUGGCACACGCCUAUUUCCCCGGUAACGGCAUCGGUGGGGACACCCACUUUGACGCAGCUGAGCCGUGGACCAUCGGGAACCGGGAUCUGAUGGGUAAUGAUGUGUUCCUGGUUGCGGUCCAUGAACUGGGCCACGCUCUGGGUCUGGAGCACUCCAACGACCCUUCGGCCAUCAUGGCUCCAUUCUACCAGUGGAUGGACACCGAUAACUUCAUACUUCCUGACGAUGAUCGCAGAGGAGUACAGCAACUUUAUGGGUCUGGAUCGGGCCCUAACCCCCCGUACGUAACACCACGUACGCCGAACCACAACCCCGACCCCACAUACGGACCAGACAAGCCUCGCUUUGGCCCCAACAUCUGUGACGGACACUUUGACACCAUCGGCAUCCUCAGAGGAGAAAUGUUUGUGUUCAAGGAAAAAUGGUUCUGGAGAGUACGCAACAACCACGUCCUGGAUGGAUAUCCCAUGCCCAUCGGUCACUUUUGGAGGGGACUGCCCACUCAUGUCAAUGCGGCUUUUGAAAGGGAAGAUGGGAAAUUUGUUUUCUUUAAAGGGGACAGGUAUUGGGUCUUCACUGAAUCAGUUCUGGAUCCUGGUUACCCUAAAAGUCUGAAGGAAAUGGGCACCGGGCUCCCCAAAGAUCGGAUAGAUGCUGCUAUCUUCUACACCCCCACUGGACAGACAUUUUACUUCAGAGCAAACAAAUAUUACCGUUUCAAUGAAGAUACACGAAGCGUUGACGAUGGCUAUCCCAAAGCUGUGAGUGUUUGGCAAGGAGUGCCUGACAACAUCAAGUCAGCCUUCAUGAGCAAAGACCAAGCGCACACCUACUUCUACAAAGCCAACAAGUACUGGAAGUUCAACAACCAGAUGAUGCGCGUGGAGCCUGGAUACCCCAAAUCGGCUCUCCGUGACUGGAUGGGCUGCCCCAACGAAGACCCCAAGACGGACGGACGAGGAGGUGGAGGAGGCGGACACGACAAGGACAAGGAGAGGGACAAGGAGAGGGAGAGGGAGAGGGAGAAGGAGAGGGAGAAGGAGAGGGAGGACAAGGACAGAACCAGAGACAGAGAAAGGGAAAGAGAGAGGGAGAGGGAGACAGAGAAGGAGACAGAGAAGGAGACGGAGGUGAUUAUUAUCGAGGUGGAUGAGCAGGAAGGAGUAGGAGGAGGCAGUGGGGCGGCCGCCGUGGUCGUGCCUCUCUUCCUGUUAGUUUGUGUGAUUGCGACGCUGGCCGCUUUGGUGUUUUUCCGUCGGUACGGCACCCCACGCCGACUCCUCUACUGCCAACGAUCUCUACUGGACAAGGUGUAGACGCAGGAGGAGGAGGGCAACCUGGUCUCACAGGAAUCCGUGGAAUAGCCACGGAUUCGCUUAACUCAAAAUCCGUGGAAUAGCCAUGGAAUCACUCAAAUUUCCGUGAAACUGACAUGGAUUUCGCUACAAUGCAAGUUAAUGACAGUCAUAUCCCGUGGCUAUUCCAACAUACAAAGUGAUUAUGUACAUUCACUGAGUGAAUAUUUAGAAAAUAAAACAUAUAUUUCUCGCUAGAAAUGUGAUCAAAAUCCAUUUUUAUGCAGAAACUAAGUCAAAAUAUUGAUUUUUUUUCACUAAAAAUGAGAGAACUGUCCGCCAUGUUUUUGUUCUGACUGCCGGGACCUUAAAAGUCACGUGACUUGGAACAAACCAAUAGGAAAAAUAUCCAUGGAAUAGCCACGGGAUAUGACUGUCAUUAACUUGCAUUGUAGCGAAAUCCGUGUCAGUUUCACGGAAAUUUGAGUGAUUCCGUGGCUAUUCCACGGAUUUUGAGUU